UCGGGUCUGCGUCGAAGUCAAUGUGGCUGGACGAGCACGCCAAUUGACUUGUGCUGUUCAAAGUCUCGGGGAAGCCAAUUUCGAAAUUCCCUGGCUCUGUCUUCGAUAUUAAGCAGGUUUCGUCGUGCGUAUAUUUAGCAAAAUUGCACUUGCAGCCUUCUCUGAAAUCAUCGGAUCUUCGGUUGCUUUUCUGGUGUAAUAGUUUUGGCCGCAUUCAAGAUUGGCGGAAGCCAUGGCGUCGCAGGAGCACCUCGAGAAGAUGCAGCUUCGUCAGAAUUAUCGGAAUCUCUGGCACACCGAUCUCACGCACACUAUUCAGGCUGAUACUCCCUAUUGUUGCUUUGCGUUGUGGUGUGCGCCAUGUGUUUCAUACCUGCUCCGUAAAAGAGCUCUCUAUGAUGACAUGUCAAGAUACACAUGUUGCGCUGGUUACAUGCCUUGCAGUGGUAGGUGUGGAGAAAGUAGAUGUCCUGAAUUUUGUCUUUGUACUGAGGUUUUCCUCUGCUUUGGAAAUUCAGUGGCCUCGACUCGCUUUCUGUUGCAAGAUGAAUUUAACAUUCAAACUACGCAAUGUGACAAUUGCAUUAUUGGAUUCAUGUUUGUCCUUCAACAAGUAGCAUGCAUAUUUUCAAUAAUUGCAAUGAUUGUGGGAAGUGAUGAAAUUCAAGAAGCUUCUCAGCUGCUAAAUUGUUUGGCCGACUUUGUCUACUGCACGGUCUGCGCAUGCAUGCAGACUCAGCACAAGAUUGAAAUGGACAAGCGAGACGGCAAGUUUGGGCCUCAACCAGCAAUGGCGGUUCCUCCUGUUCAACAGAUGUCACGCUUUGAUCAACCAGUUCCUCCUUCAGUUGGAUAUCCACAACAACCAGCAUAUGGGCAGCCCUAUGGGUAUCCACCACCUCCAACUCAGGGCUAUCCUGCACAAAAUUACCCUCCUGCUGGUUAUCCUCCACCUGGAUAUCCCCCUUCUGGCUACACUAGGUGAUCCACAUUGUUAUACGCUGCUUUUUGCUGCUCUCCUGUUCCGAUUGAAUUUUUCAGUGUCAAAACAUUAUUAUUGUUGUUAUAUACUACUGCAGUCAGUGAUGGACUAGUAUUGUGGGCCCAAAUACAGUGGCUACGCUGCAUUUCUGUCACAAAUUUAUAUUUUCUGUCACGACGAGACAAUUUCUAGCGUUGUCCGUUCUGAGUCCUUGUGUUCUCUUUGAACAAUGGAAGUCCCUGGGGGUAUUUUUUCA